UUAUUGCUACUCCAUCCCGAUCCCCCUCCCUUAUUUCAUCCGCUCGCCCCACCGUCUCCUCCCCGAAAACGCAACGCACCCAAUUCUUCCACCCCCAGCUCCCUCCUCCUCUCGCCUCAUCGCCCCCGCCUGUGGCGGCAUUUGCAUCCGGCAGAACACGGCGGAGAGGAUGGACUCGGACGCCUCCGUCUCCCCGCGGCGGCGGAGCUGCUACAGCGACAGCGGCGACUCCUCCUGUUCCGAGCCCUUCAGCGAGUGCGGCAGCGACGACCUCUCCUUCACGCCCGCCGCUGCCGCGGGCAUCCACCGCCUCCUUCUCUCCUGCGCGGCCGAGGCCUCCGACGGCUCCAUCUCCUCGCUCGUCGCCGAGCUCGAGUCGCCCUCGGCCUCGGUGGACUCGCUCCGCCGCGCGGCCAUGGAGCUCCGCCUGCUCGCCAAGCACAACCCGGACAACCGCAUCCGCAUCGCCGCGUCCGGGGCCGUGCGGCCGCUCGUGGCCCUGCUGUCGCACGCCGAUCCGCUGUUGCAGGAGCACGGGGUCACCGCGCUGCUCAACCUCUCCAUCUGCGACGAGAACAAGGCCCUCAUGGUCGAGGCCGGCGCGAUACGGCCGCUAGUGCGCGCGCUCAAGUCGGCCGCGUCGCCCGCGGCUCGGGAGAACGCGGCCUGCGCGCUGCUCCGCCUCUCCCAGCUCGACGGCGCCGCCGCCGCGGCCGUCGGCCGCGCGGGCGCUAUCCCGCUGCUGGUGGCCCUCCUCGAGACCGGCGGCCCGCGCGGGAAGAAGGACGCAGCCACGGCCCUCUAUGCGCUCUGCAGCGGCGCGCGCGAGAACCGUCUGCGCGCCGUGGAGGCCGGCGCCGUGCGCCCCUUGCUGGACCUCAUGUCGGACCCGGAGUCCGGCAUGGUGGACAAGGCCGCCUACGUGCUCCACUCCCUGGUGGGUCUCGCCGAGGGGCGCUCCGCCACCGUGGAGGAGGGCGGCAUCCCCGUCCUGGUGGAGAUGGUGGAGGUCGGGACCUCGCGGCAGAAAGAGAUCGCCACCCUCUCCCUACUCCAGAUCUGCGACGACAACGCCGCGUACCGCACGAUGGUUGCCCGCGAGGGAGCCAUCCCUCCCCUCGUCGCCCUCUCCCAGUCCUCCUCCGCGCGCCCCAAGCUCAAAACCAAGGCUGAGGCGCUGAUCGAGAUGCUACGGCAACCGCGGAGCGGGAGCCUGCGCGCCACCCGGCCGGCGGCGAUCGUUGCGGCGGAGUGAUGAUACUGUUGAGCCACCAAUUCCAACUUGGCCACGCCAGGUGGCGUGCGUGCGUGCGUGCGUUUUCCCCUUUCCCCGUGGCGAGAGCGAGACGAGCUGGCCAGCCGGCCGGCGUGCCUGCCCGUGUAAAUAGCCAGUAGCGAGUUUGCGUCCGCGAGCGAGUGUACAUUUCCCCUCAACCUCAAGCGAGAUGAUAAGAACAAUGGUGGCGGAGCCAAGUCUCCUGUAAAUUCCUCCUCCCCACUGUUCCUUUUCACUUUUUGUUUUCUACCAGUUUGGUUCGUUCCUCGGGGGAGGAAGCAAGCCAAAUCCACGUGUGGUGAAGCAGCGAGUUGUGCUGUUGUUGGAGUGAGUGUGAGUGCCAAGUCAGGGAUCAUCAUCAUCAUCAUCAUCCCGGGCUUGGUUUCUUCUGGUGGAUACGAAUGAAGUAUUGUGUUCUCCGGAGAAAAGAAAAAGGAAAAUCACCGGUUGGUUUGAACUGCAA